GUAUAAACUACAGAUAAACUGGACUGAAUUCGAUUGACACUUUGGAUCUUUGAAUUUGUAACCAUUCGAUAUUCAAGGCAUUCUUAUAACAGCUUAGCAUGUCAGAGGAAAAGAAACGAUUUAACCUACUGGAUAGGGGUUCAGGACAUGGAUUGAAACCCAAGACAUCAGCUCAAUCAUCUCAUGAUAGUUUAAUGCAAGCUGCUUUAUUUAGAAGAUCCCAGAAACAUUCUACAUCUAAAAGUACGUCAAUAGACUCUGGUUCAGCUGAAUCUUCAAUUGACGCUGGUUCCAUCAACCUGUGUUCAUCUACAGUCAAGCCAUUGACUGGUAUGAUGGAAGAGCGUUUCUCGUCUACGUCUGCUGGGUUCUCUCCGCAAGCAUCUUCUUCGGCGUCUUUGGACGUUCCUUUUUCAUCCAAAACAAACAAUGAUUGUGAUUCAAGUCUUGCUUCUAGUUGUGAGCAAGGGUGCGAUACAUUCGACAAGAGAGCCUCAACUUCCUCAGGUUUGGUAUAUGAGCAUGGCUUGGAUACUGCCACUGGCUUAUUCUCUAAUCACGGGUCAAUUUCAGGAACUCCGGAUCUUGGAAUUCAUGGAUCGCUUUUGUCUGCACACGGAUCUGCGUAUAUCUGCAAUCCUAGUCUUCAUAGCGGUCGUCGCAGAAUCAUGGGCGGAAAACCCUCUCAAUUUAAAUCUCCCAAAGAGCUACUCAUGUCUGUACAGAAUGUUGUCAAGACUAGAUCCGGAUCGGUUCUUGGACGGCAAAUCAUUUUAAAGUCGGAUCAUUUCGAAACUGGCCUCCACUCGCAUCUCGACUUUCAUUUACAAGGUGCGCCUAAUUUCCGAAUGGCAGACAUGAAUGUUUUUGGAGUUGCUCAACCAACAGUUCCUGGAAUUACCACUGUACUAACACUACUUGGAUGUCAUCCUGUUGGAUCUACCUCUCAGUUUACAACUUGGAUCUCUACUCGUGAAGAACCUUUAAUCUACCUCAACAGAAAACCUUUUGUGAUUAGGGAUGCUGGAAAGCCAACACAAAACAUCAAGACGUAUCAUGGAAUCAAUUCAUCCCGUCUGGAACAAGUCGAAGCCCGUCUCAAGGAAGACAUUCUACGAGAAGAAUUGCGCUGGCAUGGGCUUGUUUUGGUACACGAAGAGUCGUCUGGCGGUCAAGUGUUUCCUUCAUGGAUGGCGGUAGAAUCUCUUCAAACCCCACGUGAAGUGUUUGAAGACCUUGUUAAAGACGACUACAGAGUGAGUUAUAUUCGGAUUCCUGUCAGUCCUGAACAAGCUCCAGACGAUCGAUACAUUGACGAAUAUGUACGCGUGAUCCGUAAUACACAUAUCAAUGAAAACCUUGUUUUUAAUUGCGGCAUGGGUGUUGGACGAACAACGUUUGCCAUGGUGCUAGCAAUGCUUCUUCGAAGAGGUCAAGCCAUUACGGAAACAUCUGUGGAUCCAUUUGUGGAAAAUACAGAUAUAGAAAUUGAAACAUCGCGCUCUUAUUCGGAAAUUCAACUGGCUAGAAAGAUGGAAAUUCACAAUCGGGCUAUUCUUCGGCUUGUAUAUAUUGUUGACCAAACUCUUGCUUUCCAAAAGAUAUCAAACAAGUCAACCAUUGAAUGGGCUGUAUCAAAGGGAGCCCUGAUUGAUGAUUUAAAAGAAGCCAUUCUUGGAAACUUUCACUGUAUUCAACAGUUGAUUGCUGUUUUAGCUGAUGGAAACAGUGCAAAAAAGGCACUAGACCAAGCCAUCAAUAGAUGUGACGUACUCACAAAUCUUCGUGAAGAUAUUCUAACUAACCGUCUGCUAUACUCGACAACCAUGGAUACAAACUACCUUCAAAAGGCAUUCAGGUGUCUGGAACAAUACUUUUUGUUGCUUGCGUUUUGUUCAUAUGUGAAUAAACUGUAUGCAAAAGGGUUCAAAAGAUCAUUCAAUGAAUGGCUCAAGUCGCGUCCAGAGAUUUGGAAUAUAAUUGAAAAUUUACGUCGUGAUUCGACAUCGCUGUCGCUUUUUCGUCCGAUUGAAGAUCUAAGUGUUUUUUCCGAAGAUAUGUCCAACACAUCCUCUUUAGUUGGAUGGGGUCCGAAUCAAAAGCCUGCUACACGAGAGCUUGACAAACAUGUGAUCAAGUCUCGUAAGGGGAUUGUUUUGGGUCCACAAACAAUCUUGAAGGAAGAUUUUUGGAGCAAAGAAAAAGAAGGUUUAUCGACCAUUGAAGGCGCAGCAAACUUUAGAAAAAUAUCUGGGUUUCGCAUCUAUGCUGUUGCUCAGCCUACAAUUCAAGGGAUGCGUAAUGUCAUUUUGUCGCUUGGUCAGUCCUGUAACAGAAUUGUAUGGAUUAACCUACGUGAAGAGCCAUUGGUUUAUAUUAAUGGAAACCCUUAUGUACUGCGCGAUCAAUACCUUACAUUGCGUAACAUCAAAUCAUACUCUGGUAUUACUGGGUCGCGAUUAGAGAUCAUUGAAGAGAAGCUGUCUGAAGAUGUGCGGGAGGAAAUUAUUCGAUAUAAUGGCAGAGUCCUUUUGCACACAGAGACUCACGGAACCAUCAAUCCCAUUUGGCAGGACUGUAAACAUGCCAGCGUCAUGACUCCUCAUGAAUUGGUGAAAACACUACGAGAGAAAGAAUUGAAUGAGCCAUUCUGUACAUCCAACCUACAGAGCCAGUCGUUUGGUCAUAGCUCAGACUCGAUGGAAGCAAACACCUCUUCAUUUCAGCUGUUUUCUGUAAGCUCGAUAGACACUGCAGUCAGUCCUGAAAUACUGUACUUUAGAGUGCCAGUUACUUCUGAAUCACCUCCAGAUCCUUCUGAUUUUGAUCAUAUUGUGCAUCUGCUCUGUCGAUACAGCGGUUCAUCAUCUUGCAUUAUUGUAAACUGUCAAGUUGGAUUAGGUCGAUCUACUACAGGCACUGUCAUUGCCUCGCUUGUAUUCCAUUGGCUCAAACAUUCGAUUGAUACAAGUCAGGAUGUCUCCCAAGCCUGGAUGCCCACUUCCAAGCCUCUACUCAAUUAUAGGCCCAUUCAUUCGUUACUUCGUGUGAUUCGUAAUGGAGUUGAAUGCAAACGUAUAGUUGAUGAUACUAUUGAUAACUGUGCUCAGUAUGUCAAUCUUCGAGAGAUAAUUGAGAUAUCUCGUCAAGCGGUCGAAUCAGAAACGGAUCAAGUCGAAAAGGCUGUUGUUCUAACGAGAGCGAUUCUGCAUCUUAAACGAUACUUUAUGUUGAUUUUAUUUCAAAGUUAUUUGCAAAACAACGAGCCAGGCGUUGAGUCCAUGCUGGUGACAUUUCAGGAAUGGCUUCAAAAGCAUCCCGAAUUUGCAACUAUUUGUGAAGAAUUAGAAUCUGGUGGUCUUGAUGCUCUCACUCCGGUUGAAGAACUUGCACCAGGAGAUGGUAUUGCACUUACUAGUGAAGUGGUUGAUGUAGUAAACCGUCGUGAUGGUGGAGUGCUUGCUCAAGGCACCAUCAUCAAGUACGACAUGUUUCCAGGAGCACAAAAAUUAUCCCUCAACGAUCGUAUUGAAGGUGCUCACAAUUUUCGUGGUAUUUCAUUUUCAUCUGUUCGUGCUGCUGUGGAAUCUGAACCUUUUGAACAAACCAUGUCAGCACUAUCCUUGUGCUCUGAUGUUAAUCUUCCUUCCGUAUCCGCUUCAGUCUACGGCGUUGGCAUGCCAACAAAGGAAGGUAUUCGUCGUACACUAAGAUUUACACAUGCUGACUCUACUGGAGAUCGUACACUUUACUGGACAAGCUUGAGAGAAGAGCCAGUCAUAUAUAUCAAUGGAAAACCAUAUGUUUUGCGACUUUUUCAAAACCCACUCAAGAACCUCGAGGCAACUGGCAUUUCACGUGAGCGUGUGGAACUGAUGGAAGCUCAGAUGAAAGAGGAGAUCCUUCGUGACAUGCACCGAUACAAUGGGAGGUUGUUGCUCCAUGAAGAGCGGGUUGAACCAAAUGCUCAGUUUUCGAUUGUUCCAGUCUGGGAAAGUGUUACAAAGGAAGACAUUGAAACGCCAUUGGAUGUUUAUGCUCGUAUCAAGGCAGAGGGGUAUCGUAUUGACUAUAUGAGAAUUCCUAUUACCGAUGAACAAGCACCUAUUCCAGAUGUAUUUGAUCAACUUAUGGAGCGACUUUUGACCAUUGGAGUCAAUGGCGAUGCCAUUUUUAAUUGUCAAAUGGGGCGUGGACGAACUACAACAGGGAUUGUCACUGCGUGUCUUAUGCAGAUGACUGUUGGAAAUGCUUGUCUGAUUGAAAACUCUGGACGUCUUCUUCAUAAAGUGGAUACCGAGGAUGAAGUGAUGGAUGGUGAUCGUCGCAUUUUGACUCGCAUGCAUGACUCUGAAAUUGAUCUGCAUGAACGGUUCAAGUCUGGCGAGUACCAAAUAGUCAUGCAGCUCAUUGCAGUACUUCAAUAUGGAAAGCUAGCCAAAUUUCUUACAGACAAAGCCAUUGACAUGUCAGAACACAUGCAGAAUUUACGACUUGCCAUUUUUGACUAUCGUCUACGACUACUGGCUGCAGAACCAGACAGUCGAAAAUUCCAUACAUUGUUAGAAGUUGGAUGGAAUUAUUUGAUUCGAUACUUUUACCUGAUUGUAUUUGCGGAUUACCUGAUUGAGAUUUGGAGUCUGUGGGUUCCAGAUACACUUUUGAGUGAAUCUGAAAUGCAGUCAUUGUCUGAUAUGCAGAAUACCAGCAUAACACAACACGAUGAGCCCAGUUUGCCUGCGUCUCGACCCAUCACAUUUAGUGCAUGGCUGUCUGAUAGGAAAGAGAUUUUGAAUAUUAUUCGCAAGAACAAUCAAAUGAUUGAAUAAAAUAUAUUU